GUCGCUCGCUGCUCGGCUCCGCCUCAAUCCUGCAAACCCAAGAGUUCGCACGGACAUGACCAGGUCAAAUACACAGAAAAGCGAAGACAGCCUCAUCUUCCCACACAUCUUGUCCCUCCAAUACAAUGGCCGAACCUGCCAACACGACCAACGCGACCAACGGGGCCAGCACGCCUGGUGCAACGUAUGUUCCUUGCCGAUCAAAGCUCACACCAGCGAGGAGGCGAAGUGCGUCCCCAGCUAGCUUCCGUCAUGACUUAUCCUAGCUACCCCCCCACGAAGAUGGCGCUUCAGUUCACCACGGAAGACCGAGAGACGCCGAGCGGCAAGGCGUGUGUGUGCAACUGCUGCGGCUUUGGAUUCUCCAUUGGUCGCCCGUGUGGCAUCAUCUUCUGCUGCAUUCCUUGCAUGUGUUAGUCACCAGUGGCAGCCAGCGCGCACCGUCAAGCCCGAGGGGUGGAGACGCAUCAUAAGCCGGGGAUGCAACUUUGGUGUGUGUG